CGCGCGGCUGCGCCUUCGCCCGCGCCGCUCCUCGCCGCCGAUACGCUGCCAGGCACCAGCGAGACGUCACUAGGCCGAGCGAAGGCUGCUGUUGGCCGGAGAAAGCCGACGUUGAGCUCCAGCAGCAGGUACAGUCAUGCUCACUACCACCAUCCACCCGCCCACGCCGUCGCGAGCGAGUCACAUAGCUCUCUGAGUGUGCAUGGGCCCGUCGUGCGGUGUCGCCACCUGCUCCCUCACGCACGACGCGCCGCCAUGGCCACGCCAGCGGCAGAGCCGCCACCACCACCUUUGCCAUGCGCCGUUGCUGCGAUGCACCGCUCGAGCAGCAGCGCCUCGCACAGCAGUCGGGAUGCCUCUGCGGCACGGCCCGGCUCGCUCACGCUCGAGAGCAACGACGCCUCGGAUGUCUCGCAUGCCUCUGCUGCAGUCGCCGUCGCGCCUGCGUCCGAGGUCGAGAAGGAGGAGAGACAUACCGCCUUCAGCCGCAAUGAGAUCCGCCUCAUCGUGCUUAUCGCCUCCAUCUGCGGCUUCAUCUCGCCGCUGACGAACAAUGCGCCGCUCGCGUCGCUGCCGGACAUGUCUCGCGAUCUGGGCGUCUCGAUUGAGAAGGCCACGCUGAGCGUCACGCUUGCCAUGAUCGGACAGGGAAUCUCGCCACUUUUCUUUGGCUCGUACACAGACAUUUUGGGACGGAGACCGAUCUACAUUCUCUGCCUGAUCAUCUACGCCGGCGCCAACGCCGGGCUUGCGAACCUGCCUCACUCCUACGCGGGCUUGCUGGCGCUGAGGCUCGUACAGGCAGCAGGCUCAGCCUCCAUGAUCAGUGUCGGCGCAGGCACCAUUGGCGAUGUCACGACGCCACGCACGCGCGGCGGAUACAUGGGCAUCUUCCAGGCUGGUGCGGCGCUUGGUCCUUGCGUUGGCCCCAUCGUCGGCGGCCUGCUGACGCAAGCAUACGGAUGGCGAAGCGUCAUGUGGUUCUGCUUCAUCGUCGGCGUCCUCGGACUCGUCUUGGUGCUGCUCUUCCAGCCCGAGACACUCCAUCGUCUAGUAGGCGACGGCAGUCUGCCUCCGCCCACGCUCCUUCACGAAGCUGGCGUCGCGCUCCUGCGCGGCACUACUGCUUCUCAACUCAAGGGCACUCCUCGUCCUGGCUGGCCCGUCGAUCCUAAUCCCCCGGCCUCUAGCUGGCGGCACUUCCUGCGCGGCCUGUCGCGCCCUUUGGGCCCCGCAAGUCUGCUACUUAUGCCGGAAGUGGCGCUGCUGCUCUUUGCGACGGCACUGCCCUUCAUGGGAUGGACGUGCAUCACCUCGACCAUCUCCUCGCUCUUCGUAGAGCAGUACGGCCUCAGCACCUCCGAGGCGGGCCUCAUCUUCCUUGCGCCGGGAGUAGGCACGGUAUUGACGGGCGUCUGCUUUGGACGACUGCUGGACAAGGACUACCGAACGGCCAAGAGGCGCGUGGAGCGCGAGAAGCUGGAGAAGGAGAAGCUGGAGAAGUCGAGAGAUGGCGAAGCACAAGAGGAGGCACAGCGGCAAGCGUCUGGCACAGAGGUGCCGAAGGAAGAAGUGCCGCUCGAGGCGGCAAGACUGAGACGCUAUCCGAUUCUCCUCGUGAUGGCAGUCGCAACGUUGAUAGCAUAUGGCUGGACCGUAGAGCGACGCGUGCAUCUGGCUGUGCCUUGUGUCUUGCUCUUCAUCAACGCCAUGGCGAUUGGAGCAACGAUGAGCGUGUGUCAAGUCUUGCUCGUCGACUGGCUCCCCGGACGCGGAGCUUCAGUGACUGCGGCGAACAAUCUAGUACGCUGUCUGCUCGGCGCAGGCGGCACAGCAGCCGUGCAGCCCGUGAUUGCGCGUCUGGGCAUUGGAUGGACGUUCAUGCUCGUCGCAGCUGUAUGCGCGAGCGCUGCGCCGCUUGCUUGGCUCGUCUUCCACCGCGGCCAACGCUGGCGCGAAGCUCGCGCUGCGAAGCUCGCCGAGCGGGACGCGCCGGCAGCAUGAGCUGGAACUCGCAUUGGCCUCGCUCUCGUCCCUUUGGCACCGCCCUGGGCUGCAUCUGUACCACCACACAUCCACGCAUCUGUAUCAUGUCGAGCCUCGAGCAUCUCAUCCACAGCCCAGCAGCUCGGGACUGUCCGUGUGUGAGCACAGCACGUGGCACGGCCCGGGGCGGCGAGGCCGUGCGGCUGUGUUGCGCGCGGCGGUGGCCGGCGCGGCGAAUAGGAAGGCGCGCCUCUGAGGUCAAUGCGGAGCUUCAAC